AGCCCCGGCCGGGACCGCGGGUGGGCCCGAAGCCCUGGCCGAGAGUGCAGACGGCCCGGGUUCCGGAGCCGCCGCGGCCGCUCGCCCCCUCCACCGCCCUGAGCGCCGUUGAGUCCGAAAGCCUCGCUCCGCGCCCCCCGGUUCUUCUCCCUCCGCGCCCGGCCGCGAGGCUGUAAACAUGCUUCUCCUGCUGCGUGGCCCUUGCUCCCGGUGUUACUGACCCGGCUGUUUCCAUGAAGCCGGUGUUUUUGUUGUGCGUGUGCGGCUCGCUGGCCACGUGCGGCAGUUGAGCUUCUGGAAUGUGAGUCCCUCACAGGAUGGGCUGUGAGCGCAGAGGAAAUGUCAGGUACAUGGCCCAGAGCAAGCACGCCGAGGCCCGCGAGCUCAUGUGCUCCGGAGCCCUGCUGUUCUUCAGCCACGGGCAGCAAAACAGCGCCGCUGACCUGUCCAUGCUCGUCCUGGAGUCGCUGGAGAAGGCAGAGGUCGAGGUGGCCGACGAGCUGCUGGAAAGUCUGGCCAAGCUGUUCAGCCUGAUGGACCCCAACUCCCCGGAGCGAGUGGCGUUCGUGUCCCGAGCCCUCAAGUGGUCCAGCGGUGGGUCAGGGAAGCUGGGCCACCCCCGGCUCCACCAGCUGCUGGCCCUCACCCUGUGGAAAGAACAGAACUACGGCGAGUCGCGGUACCACUUCCUGCACUCGAGCGACGGCGAGGGCUGCGCCAACAUGCUGGUGGAGUACUCCACGGCCCGCGGCUUCCGCAGCGAGGCGGACAUGUUCGUGGCCCAGGCCGUCCUCCAGUUUCUCUGUUUAAAAAACAAAAGCAGCGCCUCGGUGGUGUUCACGACGUACACACAGAAACACCCGUCCAUUGAGAGCGGGCCUCCUUUCGUGCAGCCCCUGCUCAACUUCAUCUGGUUUCUGCUGCUGGCCGUAGAUGGGGGGAAGCUCACGGUGUUCACGGUGCUGUGUGAGCAGUACCAGCCAUCCCUGCGUCGGGACCCCAUGUACAACGAGUACCUCGACAGGAUAGGACAGCUCUUCUUCGGUGUGCCGCCCAAGCAGACGUCAUCCUACGGAGGCUUGCUAGGGAACCUCCUGAGCAGCCUCAUGGGCUCCUCGGAGCAAGAGGGCGAGGACAGCCAGGACGACAGCAGCCCCAUCGAGCUCGACUGACGCCCGCGGAGCCGCAGACUCGGCCGGGCCGCGGCGGGGCCGGGGCGCGUGGGGGCCCGGGCCGGGCCGUGUACCUUGAUGACCCCAAUAAAGCGCAGGCCCUGCGGCGCCUCCUCCCGGCCCUCGUGUCUGGUUUGCUUGGGGAGGGCUCGGCGGGGCGGGGGGGCCUGGCCACCGUGUCCCAGGGACAGCUGGGCAGCCAGCGCCUGGCCAUCAGAACAGCUCUCGUCAGGAGACUGCGGGACCCCCAGCUUCGUGGGGCGGCGUUACCACCGGCCAGAGAUGGAGGCCAUGACCUGACGGCUCGGGUUUACACAGGUGAGCGGCCCGGGACGAGCAGGCCUGUGCCUCACCGACGCUGCACCAGAUGCCCGGGACGGUUACAAAAGGGGAAACACUUUAUUUUUUCACAAUUAUAAUAAGAGUUGUAGAUUAAUACCCGGUGAUCAUGCAUGGGAAGGAACGCAGUACACAAUUUUAUUUACUGUAAAAAUGGAAUUUAAAGGAAGGUUUGUGUUCAUUGUUGAGUUUAAAUAAAUCCUUUAUACUGGG